GCUACAAAAGAAAUUAAUAUAAACUUUCUAAAAAACAAUUGGUAGUAUAAGUUAAUUACAAAGGGCGACGGACCAUGAUCACCUAAACCCGAACAAAUAAGGCGAUUCAGAGCGUGCGAGCCCAAUUAACGCGCGAAAGCCGAAUACGGAAAAGAUCCAAAGUCAGAAUCAACGGUAAUUUUCGAAAACCACGACUUCACGAUAAUCAUACGCGCGCGUCGUAUGCAAACUCAGACUUUUGCUGCUACCCAUUUCGAUUUCGUAAAAGAUUCGUUCAAGGCUUUGCCGCUUCAUUCAGUUCCCGCCACACACAAUUUGGCGCGAGUUUAUAAAUCCCAAUUUAUUUCACCAGCGAACCCUAACAUUUCUCUCUUUCAUUCGCUCUACCUAAUACGAAACUGCAAUUUCACGAGCCUCUCCUCUUUUGAUCCUCUUCUCUUUAUCUGGCGUUGGAAAGUCUCCAAUCUCAGGCAAGCAUUUAAGCCAUCUACGCUAGUAACAACAACUAUACUAUUUAAUGGAGCUAAGGAGCUCGACCCAUUUGCAUUUUGUCCAGGCCAUUAAAGGUGGUUCAGUGGCAAAGUCCAUGAAUGUGGAUACUCGUGGGCGACCUGCACUCAAAUUUAAGGAAAUCAAAGAAAUAUACAAUUUAAGAGAUGGCAGAUAUCCCCAUCAAGUUCCAACAAUUUGUUUAAGGGAUGACUUGGAGAGCUCACCAACUGAAUCUUAUGUGGUCAAGGUAGAGAGCCCAGACUUCUCUUUGGUUAGAGGAAUGAAAGUCAAAACUGAACCAGAAGCUUCUGAUUUUAACUGCAACAAUGAUGGUGGUGAAAGAAAUAAUGAGCUGGAUGAUCAUAGCUUUGGCAAUAUGACGUUGAAACAGAUUAAGAACAGAUGCAAAACAAAGAAAAGAAAACGCGUGAACUUUGUUGGUUUAAAUAAAGAAACUGUGGAAACUUGCUCUCCUGUGAAACAUGAGUUACCCAAUUUUCAGCACAAGGAUGAUGAAUAUGAUCUUGAAGAGCCUCUCAUCAUUUUGAAAUCUAAACUAUCCAAGAAUACUAAGAGUAAGAGGAAGCCUUCGAGGAAGAGUGCCUCUGCUUCAUCUCCCAAUGACAUGUUCAUAAUUAAAUCUGAUCAGGUUAAUAGUGAUGAAGGCUUACUCCAACCAAAUGGGGAUUGGCCUGCAACUAUUGAUGUUAAACUUGAGAAUCCUGAGCCUGGUUACUCAGAAUGCCGUACCAUUUUCAGUGUUACCUCUGUUUCUGAUUUUAGUUGCAGUGAGCAAGUGGAUUCUACUGUUACUGUAUCUUAUGAGGUUCCUGAAACUACCAAUGUACAUAUUUUGGAGACUGAGGUGCCUUAUCUUACAAAAGGACCUCAAUACUGUUCUCUUAAUGAAGUGUCCUAUGAAUAUAGGAAGAAUUUUGAGCCCAAGUUUGAUGUGGGGGUUUCUAGUUGGGAGAUUGUAAAGGUAGACAAUCCAGAAAUAAUAAGUUAUGAGUACUCUGACUUGUCAGAGUUUAAGAAAGAAGAUUAUAUCAUUCAUCCCCUUUCCUAUGAUGUCUCCUCAGGGCCAAUGUCUCCAACAAAGGAUUAUAGCUGUGAUAUUCACGAAAGAUGGGAAAGUAAUUCUCACAAGGAAGAGAUGCCAUGGCAGACAAGCUGUUAUAGUUCAAUUCAAGUUCCUGAGACGACUAUUGCUUCAUUUGCUUGUGGUUUAGAAACAGGGGUCUCAUUCUGUCCCAUAGAAGAUCCGAUAUGCAGUGUUUCAAAUGAGGUGUCUUAUGAAUCUAUUGAAGAUGUUGGUCCUAAAUUUGGUGCUAGUUUUUCUGGUUGGGAGAUUGUGAAGGUAGACAGUCCAGAAAUGAUCAGUUACCAAUGUUCAGACUUACAAGAAUUUGGAAAAGAAAGUUAUACCCUCUAUCCGCUACCCUAUGAUGUUUCCUCAGAGUCAACAUCUCCAAGCAAGGAUUAUAGUCCUGAUUUGCAUGAUAGCUUUAAAAGUAAUUCUUCUGAGCACAAGAUGGCUCGGCAGACAAGCAAAUAUUGCCAAAUUGACGUGCCUGAGAUGAACAGGGAUACUAGCCUCCAAUGCUUGGAAAAUAUCAAUGAAGGUAGUCCAUGCUCCUUUGAGAGCAGAAGUACCCAUGAUUGGCCUUCUAAUAUUAGAAACAUUGCCAUCAGUCCUUCCAGUGACAAUGGCUUGUAUUGGGGUUCCUCGUGCAUGAAUCUUGAGAGACAUUCAAUCCCUCUUUCUGGUGAUUCUCCUUCAGCAGGGAAGCAAUCCCUGUCGCCUGACUCCAUAUCAACUAAUUCCUUAGAUGCUUCUGAUAAGUCUAUGGCAUCGCCAAGACCUCUAGAUUAUCAUCAAAUGAAGCAGCAGCAUUGUCCUGAAAGGCUUCUCUCAAGCAGAAAGGCCAUUUCUCCAACCUCUCAAGAGAGGCUUUGUCGGGCUAUGGAGUUAACUGGGUUGAAUGAAAAUGAGCAUCAUCAAUGUAGGGGGAAGCUAUAUUUUGGUAAACAGACCAAUCAUAGAAUUUUAAGAGCUCAAGGACUUGACUGGUUCAGGAGAGAUGGAGCCACUAUCACACCAAAGUCAAUCAUGGGAAAAGCAAAACAAGAUAAGAAAGUGUCCCCUCCUAAAGGCAUUCUCAAGGUUACUCAUCCUUCUCGUUCAGUACAAUGUGUUAGUGGUGCAUGCACCACUGUCCAACGUUGUUCACAAAGUGCGAUAGCAUUCACACAGCGACAAAUGCGGGAUAUUGAAUCUUUAGCAACUAAACUGACAACAGAGUUGAAGUCGAUGAAAGACAUUGUGAAGGGAAAAUUGCAUUUGGAGUUGGAGGCCCCUGUAGCCACAGCUGCAAAAGAAAAUGCUGAUGAGGUCAGGAUAGCCAUUGAAAAUGCAACAAGAGCUGAAGAAAAAGCAAGAAAAUGGCUUGCUAUGAUGACAAAAGAUUGCAACCGAUUUGUUAAAAUCAUGAGAAUGACUGAGGAAAAUGCUGCUGCUUCUGAACGUGUAAUCCUCAAAGAAAGGAAGAUUACUUUUGCUGAUGAGGCUGGUGGAAAGCUUUGUCAUGUCAAGGUUUUUAGGGAUGACAUGGGCACAGCUUCUUUACUAGAGUCUGGCAGUUAAAACAAACAGACUACUAGUUGAGUAGUUAUGAGGCAUCUCCUGUUUGUAUAUUUACAUCUUUAAAUACCCUUUUGUUCUCAAAUGCCAAUUCAAUUCCACCUUGAAGUUCAGCAAAUGAAUACCACGACUGUGAUGCCAUUGAGGAUUGUUUUCACUACCUGCAUGAGUGGAAUAGCUGUAAGUCUAUAACAUUGAGUUUCCUAUCAGCCAGAAAUAGGAGAUUGGCAUCUGUGGAAUGAAAGUUAAGGAAAUUGGAAGGAAAUAAGGUACUUCAUAUCUAACUUAAAGCCUUCAUUUUUGGCUGCGGCAAGGGUGAUUAUUUGUUUUCAGGCUACUUAAUUUUUAGAUAUUUUGCUGCUGUCGUUGGUCGUGUUCAUUUUUUUAUGAAUGUUGCAUUAUAUUGUGUUAAGAAUGGAUAGGAAAGGGCUCUUCUGCAACCUAUUUUCCAUUCUGAAGUCGGAACUCUUGGGGUUGGCAUGUAUGCUUUUUUUUUUAAAAUUACUUUGCUUAAAUCUUGCUGUCCUGCUUCCUUCAUCUGCAUGGCUAGCUGACGAACUGGAAACUGUUACUAAGGUCAUUUUACAUCAGUGUACCACCAAAUUCCAGCCACUAAACAUGGUGAGUCUUAUUGCUUGUUCAAAUUAUUUUUGUUAAUGUUGUUUUCUCUUUGUCGUGAAUUAAAAGACUGGUGCAUCCCAUCAUGCUAGGAACUUCUUUUGAGUUUUGAAAAGAAAAAUUUUCAAGCUUGGA